CUCAGCACACAGCUACGAUCACACUUCCCAUCACACUCGUCCAACAAAUGGUUCUAAACUCUGAGCUGAUAAAACGAGCGCUUUAAACCAGAUACUGACAUUUGCUGUGAACUGUGGAUCUCCUCUACGCGGGCUUCACAUACGGGAACAGACGUUGCUGCUUCAAUCAGAAAAGGAUAGUCAGCGUCAGGAUGGAAACGGAUCAGGAGCGAAAGCCAAAAAGGCCUCACUACAUCCCUCGUCCACCAGGCAAACCUUUUAAGUACCAAUGUUUCCAGUGUCCUUUCACCUGUAAUGAAAAGUCUCAUCUCUUCAAUCAUAUGAAAUACAAUUUGUGUCAAAAUUCAAUCUCCUUGGUGUCUCAAAAAAAUGGACAAGCACCCCGACAAUCGAAGGCUGUGGCAAAGGCAGUCUCUGUCAAACCUAAGGAUUGUACAAAUGUCCCUCCAGAAGUCCAAAGCCUUAGUUCUGAGAAACAAGGAGUGGAAGAGAAGAAAGACGAGAGCAGAGAUGACACAGAAGAGUUAGAUGUUGGGUGUGACAGUCCAGUGAGCAACGACAACCAGAGUGUGGCAAAACCAAAUACACUCACAGACAGAGAACUCACAGAGAGCGAUGAGGCCAAGGCUCUGCCUCGCCCAUCUGCUUUCUCCCCUGUCACUCCCAACCGUGACGGUGCCGAGGCCUUGGUUGCAACUGUGCAGCGAAGAGAGGAUUCGCCAACCUCUAACAUCAGCCAUCCAAGCAGCCCGUGGGCCAGAACUCUUCCUUUCAAAUCUUUCACCCCUCUCAUGGUUCCCGAAUACCCUCCAUACCUCAUGCCUGAACGACCCCUGUAUCCGCCAUACUAUCUAUCCAGACACAUUCCUGUAAAUGAUCCAAACGUCCCGUCCUUCCAACCAGAGUUUAUAGAUACCCAAAGAUCUCUGGUGCAACCACCCAUUGCCCCACCUCAUGGAACCCCAUUCCCCACUUAUCCUUACAGAUACUGCCACACUCUUCACUCAGGUCCUCCUCUGCCUUACACCCUUUACAGACCCCAUGAGCUUUCCAUUCCAAUUACCGGACACAGAUAUUUUUCUUUGGAUGGCUACGGUCAAGGCUUUGGCCAGAAGGACUAUGACUUGUAUAUGUAUUCACAUUCCAGUCACAACAGCUCUCACAGCUCCGCCCAAGGGGAGAGUCACCAAAGUGGAGACAAAACAACCAGGCUGAGUCCUAAAGAGGGCUGCUCAGCCUUAGGGUCACCUGACAGACCCAGUCAAGCAAACAUUGUCCUGAGAGACUCAGAGUCUUCCCAGUGCAUGACCACUGGCGAGUCGGAGACCUCCCUCCAGCUUGGACACGCAUCUAAAGUUGUGGAACCGGUCACAAAAGAUUCAAGACAAGAAGAGUCGGCAGAAACCUUGCUUCAGUUAGGAAGCCAUCGCUUAGAUGGAGGGUCGAAUGGAAGCGGUCUACAUGUCUCCUUUUCUGAUAAGAACCAUCAAGAAGAAUCAGACAAUGUAGUUCCUCUAAACCUGUCAAAAAGAGACCAGAACCAUGAGGAGAAAUCUGAACAGAGGACGAUGGGUUGUGAUUCAGAUAACGUGAACGGCACAGAGCUCCCUCUGAAUCUCAGCCUCCGAGCUUCUCACAGCAGCCCAAGCUACAGCUCUGCUCCAAGCCCUUCAGAGGACCUUCCACCUACAGUGGACCAAGAUCUGGACGAAGAACCGUGUGACCAGAGGCAGAGUGCAGCUCUGGCUCUCUGCCAACUUGCCACUGCAAGCUCUGUAGCCUCUUCAGGUGAUUUUCACAUUAAAGUCCAGUCCUGCGAAGACUCAAUAGACUCCACGACUCCCGACUCUCCAAAAAAUACCAAAUCGACUAAAAGAGCUAAAGAGAGUGGCUUGAAAAGACGUAACAAUAGCCAGAGUGAGAGCAAAUCUCAUAAACUGAGCAAGAAAACAAAAGAAACAGGCCCAACUCUGAGGAGGAGGACCCGCUCCUAACAACUGGACUCUGAUUGUUGCAGAAAAGAUACAAAGAGAUUAUAUCUCUAAUCUGCAGACUGAAAAGAUUGCUACAAGACUGGAAAAAAGAAAACCAAAAUGACUUGUUUAAUCUACAGGCGUGCUGUUACAGGUAUCAGGAUACAGUCAGUAUCUGGUGCUUGCUUACCUUUGAUUUACAAGGGUAAAACGGGGACACAUUAUUUACACCCUGUCAUCUUUAUAUAAAUAUCAGCAAAAAAUACAAAUGUAAAAUGUGUUAUCAAUGUAAAUACCAGGAAAAAA